GGAUUUCGUUUUGAACCAGCAACAACCAAACCAACAACAACAGGAGAAUGCGCUCGGCACGAGGAUCUAACGACAGCGAUCGGUCUCGACCAGCUGCUGGUGGUGCUGGUGGUGGUGGUGGUGGUGCUGCUGCUGGAGGUGGUCGAGAGCGGUCUCAAUCACCCUCAUCAUCAACCCGCCAGCCGUCCAUCCUGGCUGCAUUCGGCAUCCACACGCGACCCACCAGUGGCACCACGACGAGCAGCAGCAACAGCAACAGUCAUCACAGAAGCACGCAGUCCGAGUAUGGCCAGCGCGAGACCAAGCGAGCGCGUCUGGAGUUUGACGAUUCGCCGUCGUCGUCCGUGUCAUCUUCGUCGUCCGCGGCGCCAAGCGGCGGUUCUGAUCGUGCUGCUCGGCAACCUGCUGCGUCUUUCACGACCCAAGACCGAUACGUCGCUCGUGGUGAUGGUGCAGAUCGAUCACGCACAGCUCGCACAAAUCAAGGCGAGGACGACCGCCGCAGCAGCGGUAGCAGCAGCGAGCGAGGAAACAACCAGCAAGCAAUCUACUCGAACAAUUCAUCAUCCCGAUCGGCUGCCAAACCGGCCAUCCGAAACAUUGCGCAGGCGACCUCACGGCGCGCAGUGCAACAACCUGCCUCGACGAAUCGUGGUGCUGCGACCCACGCAUCUCGCUCGGCGCAGAACAGGAUUGAGAUUGACCAGAUCGACGAGGACGCUGCUGCUGGAAUUGUUCUCGGCGACCCUCGAGCGUCUCAAACAAUGGUGCUUCCAAGAGGCGACAGCGAUAAAUUGGAAGAGUUGUUUGUCACGUCAGACUCGCAGGCUACCCUGGUGGACUCGGACACGGAAGCCAUGGCGCAGGACGAUGACCCGGACGGCACACUUGAUUCGGACGAUCUGAUGAUGGACGAUGAGACCAGCCUCUUGCUCAGCCGCAUUCCCAGUGCUCAGCUGGAACGAUCCUCCAAAGCAACGGUUGUUGCUCCGCCCUCCCCCGAGCCGACCCCGGAUUCUCUCCGCUUCCCGCGACUAUGCAAGCAACUCCAGGCGAUUCCACCCUCCCAGCCCGUGCCAAUAGCGUCCACAGAGCAUGACGUCCUGGUGGAUUUGGCAGCCCGCUCGACCAGAGGCGCACGACCGGUGCCGUCGAAAAACAAGGCCUAUGUGGACGCGUGGGAUGCAGACCACGUUCGACUGCCCUGCUCGCCCGAAAAUCUCUACCCGCUGCCUCGCGCUGCAGGCGAGUCGACAUCCGCGCCGCGUCGCGUUGGAUCGCGGUGGGACAUGAUUGUGGAUGCGCUCAAGCAGCCACUCGGCUCGACGUAUGAUCUCGAGGAGGCCAUCCUCACCUACAACCAGCGCUAUGCCAACUACUGGAACUUUCGCGGCUUGCACGAUUUCUUUGCCAACGUGGCAGAGGAUGAUGAAAAGCAGGUCUUUUUCGCAACCACGCUGCCGUUCAUGGUCGACUUGGCGCUCUCCAUGCCACAAAUCUGCACCGCGCCGAUUCCGCUGCUCAAGCAGCAAAAGACCCAUGCCGUCACAAUGAGCCAACAGCAAGCAGCGUGCUUGCUGGCGAACGCAUUCUUCUGCACGUUCCCUCGGCGAAACACGACCAAGGACAACUCAGAGUACAGCAACAUGCCAGACAUCAACUUUAACACGCUGUUCGCCUCCGUGUCACGAUGCACGCGCGCCCAGGCUGCCAAGCUGCGCUGCCUGUUCCACUAUUUCGAGCGCGUCAGAAAGCAGAUGCCGACCGGCACGCUGACGUUCGAGCGGCAGUUGAUCACUGCUAGCUUUGAUUGGGCGUCGUGCACCUCCACGCUGACAAAGCUGCUCGUGCGCACCACCGGCACCAUUGAGGACGAUGCGCCAGGUCUUCUCCAGCUCGAUUUUGCAAACAAGUGCAUUGGUGGCGGUGUCAUUGCCGGCGGCGCCGUCCAAGAGGAAAUUCGCUUUAUGAUUUGCCCCGAAAUGAUUGUUUCCUUGCUCAUCACGGAAAUUCUCGAGGACAACGAGUGCCUGAUUAUGACUGGUCAUGAGCGGUUUUCCAACUACACUGGCUACUCGAGCACUUUUACAUGGGCUGGUGAUCAUGUUGACACCACAGAUCGCGACGACUGGGCGCGGCGAAUGACUCAAGUGGUGGCAAUUGAUGCGCUGGUGUUUUCGUCCUAUGCUCGCCAGUUCAAAGAAUCGCCUCUCGUACGAGAACUCAACAAGGCAUUGGUUGGGUUUCUGUCUCCGCUGCCAUCGCCGCUGCCCGCCAUUGCAACUGGCAACUGGGGCUGCGGCGCGUUUGGUGGCGAUCGCCACAUCAAGGCAAUCAUUCAGCUCAUGGCAGCAGCAGCUGCACGACGGGAUGUUGUGUACUUUACGUUCAACGACCCAGCCCUCAAGACCGACAUGAUACGCUUCCACGAGUUGGCGUGCGCCAAUCAAGUCACUGUCGGGCAAUUGUACUCUGGCCUGUUGUCGUAUGGCGGCUCCCUCGUCCCAGGCUCUGUGACGCUCAAGAAGCGCAAUCUUUUCGACAAAAUCUGGGGGUUUGUCCCGAUGCCAGACGACGACGAAUCGAACGGCACUCUCAACUCGCUGGAGGACGAUGCUUGAUGGCAGUGUUUGUCAAAUGAAUUGUUUUGAGAACAAGAAACAGUGUG